CUGAUCCACACGGUGCGAUCACUCUUUAUUACAUUUGCUUGAACUGACUGCAUCAUGAACAGUGUUUUCAUAGAUAAUGGAGCCAAUGAACAGCAGACUGCAGACAUUCAGUCACAGCCUGUUGUCCCACUGUCUCCCUCUAUUUGUGUUCCUCCCACACUGAGAGAUGGUGAGAGUUACCAUGUCUUCAUCAGCUACAGCAGCACUGACUACCAGUGGACCCACUCCCUCAUCAACCAGCUGGAGUCCUGCGGCCUGCAGGUCUGCUACCACGAGCGUGACUUCACUCCCGGCCGCACCGUGUUGGAGAACAUGUCCGACUGCAUCCAGGAGAGCCAGAAGGUCCUGCUGGUUCUCAGCCCAGAGUUUGUGAGGAGCCGCUGGUGUAUCCUGGAGGCCAACAUGUCUUUGUUCAGAGACUGCCCGGAGAGGAAACCCAUCGUCCCAGUGCUGCUGGAGCCAGGAGUCUCUGUUCCUCUCCACCUCUGCCAUCUCACCUACCUGGAGGCCAACGACCCCGACUUUAAGAAUAAGCUGCUCAAGGUGCUCUGCACCGCCAACCAGGAGCUGCAAGGGUCCACUGUGGUGCCCUACCAGCCUCCCUCUAUCUACAACGGGAAGGCCCUGCAGCCUCUGAUUGUGGUCAGUUCAGUGACAUGGAGGUUCCAGAUCAACUACGCCUGA